AUGGCAGCGUGCGCGACGAUCGAGGAGGUCGGGUCGACGGGGGUUGGCGCUCUGACCAUCACGUUCCUCAUCCUCGGAGUGAGUGCUGCUGUCUUCGCCUACAAGGGGCACAACUCUCACGAACAGAAGAGGUUCUAUGUCUGCGCAAUCUUCUUCUGCUUCUGGUCAGCCAUGGCAGACUUUGCCAUGCUCUCUGGCCAGGGCUGGACUGUCACUGAUGGAUGCCGUCAAUUCUUCUACGCCAGGUACAUCGACUGGAUUGUCACUGCUCCUGUUAUCGCCAUCUGGCUCGGCCUCGUUGCUGGAGCUGAUUUCACCGACAUGGCAUAUGCUGUUGCUGGGCAGGUCGUGUGGGUUGCUGCAACCUACAUGGGAUCGAUCUCCGUCGCUCAGGAAGUGAAGUGGGUGUGGUUCUUGAUCUCCCUCUUCGGACUGGCUGCUGCCAUCUUCAACUUCGCUCGCACCUACGACAACGCGAGCAAGAGCAAGAGCGAGGAGCUCGCCAAGUUGUACUCCAAGAUGGCCUGGACCACCAUUGGUGUUUUUGCUUGCUACCCUCUUGUCUGGCUCUUCUCCGAAGGCUUUGGCAACUUCUCUGUCUCCUUCGAGGUCACCAUGUACUGCAUCUUGGAUGUCAUCGGCAAGGCUGUUGUUGGCUUCAUGCUGCUCGGGGCUCACGACCUCCUUGGCGACGCCUCUCCUGUGUCACAGAGAGAGUUUGUCUGA